AUGUCAUACUUAUUCACAACAGCACUUGAUGGGUCAUACAGAGGUUGGAUCCGAGAGAAACAACUCGUCAUCAACGAGCUAUCUGCACACGUGCCUGAAGCUCUCCAGAAGCUGGAGGAUUUCUUCAUUGAACCUUUAAUCGUUCUCGACGGCAUGCUUUGCCAGGGGUUCAAUUUCACUCCCUCGCUUCAUGAUGAGCCAAACGAUCUGACAAUCAUAAGGAAUAUGCUCACGGGUAUUAUUGAACUUACUCGGAAAGAUCCUGGCAUUUCAACUAUCGAGUAUCUGGAUGCUGAAAUCCUGGGUAAGCUCGACUGGCUGCGUGAGUCUCUGCUUCGUUUUCUCAACCGGCGCGCUGGCCAUUUUGAUUACAAUCAUCGCCUUCCAGAGACCGACAGUCAAUUCUUACGAUCAAAAUAUGAGAGCCUCAGAAAUCAUGUGGAGCAUCAGAUUCUCCAGGGAAAAGGGUCUGAAAAUAUCCAGAGUCAUGGAUUUAACGCUCUCCAGCGGCGGUUAGUCCUCGAGACAAUGGUUAUGUUGUAG